UGCCGACCGGCUUCAGGACUCCAUCUCCUUCACCUGGUCACCCGAGAGAUCCCAGAGCGGCGUCGCCGUCGAUAAACCGCAGCCAUGAGCUCGGAUCAGGAGAUGGCCGUCUUCGGGGAGGCCGCCCCGUACCUCCGCAAGUCGGAGAAGGAGCGGAUCGAGGCCCAGAACAAGCCCUUCGACGCCAAGACGUCCGUCUUCGCCGCGGAUCCCAAGGAAUCCUUCGUGAAGAGCACCAUUCAGAGCCGCGAGGGAGGGAAGGUCACGGUCAAGACCGAAAAAGGCGCGACCCUGACGGUGAAAGAUGACCAAAUCUUCCCCAUGAACCCGCCCAAAUUCGACAAGAUCGAGGACAUGGCCAUGAUGACCCACCUGAACGAGCCCGCCGUGCUCUACAACCUCAAAGAGCGCUACUCCACCUGGAUGAUCUACACGUACUCGGGCCUCUUCUGCGUCACCGUCAACCCCUACAAGUGGCUGCCGGUGUACAACGCGGAGGUGGUCGCGGCCUACCGAGGCAAGAAGCGACAGGAGGCCCCACCCCACAUCUUCUCCAUCUCCGACAACGCCUACCAGUUCAUGCUCACCGACCGUGAGAACCAGUCUAUCCUGAUCACCGGAGAAUCCGGGGCCGGGAAGACUGUGAACACCAAACGGGUCAUCCAGUACUUCGCAACAAUUGCGGUCACUGGGGAGAAGAAGAAGGAGGACACGGGAAAGGGCACCCUCGAGGACCAGAUCAUCAACGCCAACCCGCUGCUGGAGGCCUUUGGCAACGCCAAGACCGUGAGGAACGACAACUCUUCGCGUUUCGGCAAAUUCAUCAGGAUCCACUUUGGCACCACGGGGAAACUGGCUUCGGCUGAUAUUGAAACAUAUCUCCUGGAGAAGUCCCGAGUUACCUUCCAGCUGAAGGCUGAACGUAGCUACCACAUCUUUUAUCAAAUCACGUCCAACAAGAAGCCGGAACUCAUUGAGAUGCUUCUGAUCACCACCAACCCGUACGACUACCCCUUCGUCAGCCAGGGAGAGAUUUCGGUAGCCAGCAUCGAUGACCAAGAGGAGCUGAUGGCCACCGAAACCGCCAUCGAUAUCCUGGGCUUCACGUCUGACGAAAAGGGGGCCAUUUACAAGCUGACCGGCGGCGUGAUGCAUUACGGGAACCUGAAGUUCAAACAAAAACAGAGGGAAGAACAGGCCGAGCCGGACGGCACCGAAGUGGCUGACAAGGCCGCCUACCUCCAAGGUCUGAACUCGUCCGACCUGCUCAAGGCUCUGUGCUACCCGAGGGUGAAAGUCGGCAACGAGUACGUCACCAAGGGCCAGACGGUGGAGCAGGUGUACAACGCGGUGGGUGCCCUGGCCAGGGCCGUCUACGACAAGAUGUUCCUGUGGAUGGUGACCCGCAUCAACCAGCAGCUGGACACCAAGCAGCCCCGGCAGUACUUCAUCGGAGUCCUGGACAUCGCCGGCUUCGAGAUCUUCGACUUCAACAGCCUGGAGCAGCUGUGCAUCAACUUCACCAACGAGAAGCUGCAGCAGUUCUUCAACCACCACAUGUUCGUGCUGGAGCAGGAGGAGUACAAGAAGGAGGGCAUCGAGUGGGAGUUCAUCGACUUCGGCAUGGACCUAGCCGCCUGCAUCGAGCUCAUCGAGAAGCCGAUGGGCAUCUUCUCCAUCCUGGAGGAGGAGUGCAUGUUCCCCAAGGCCACGGACACCUCCUUCAAGAACAAGCUCUACGACCAGCACCUGGGCAAGUCCGCCAACUUCCAGAAGCCCAAGCCGGUCAAGGGCAAGGCCGAGGCCCACUUCGCCCUGAUCCACUACGCCGGCACCGUGGACUACACCGUCACCGGCUGGCUGGAGAAGAACAAGGACCCCCUGAACGAGACCGUCGUGGGCCUGUAUCAGAAAUCUUCCCUGAAGACUCUGGCCUACCUCUUCUCCGGCGCGGCCGCGGCCGCCGAAGCCGAGGCCGGCGGCGGACCGGCUAAGAAAGGGUCUAAGAAGAAGGGUUCCUCUUUCCAGACCGUGUCAGCUGUCUUCCGGGAGAAUCUGAACAAGCUGAUGACCAACCUGAGGAGCACUCACCCUCACUUUGUGCGCUGCAUCAUCCCCAACGAGACGAAAACGCCCGGGGCCAUGGAACACGAGCUCGUCCUUCACCAGCUGCGCUGUAACGGGGUGCUCGAAGGCAUCCGCAUCUGCCGGAAGGGGUUCCCCAGCAGGAUCAUUUACGCCGACUUCAAGCAGCGAUACAAGGUCUUGAAUGCGAGCGCCAUCCCAGAAGGGCACUUCAUCGACAGCAAGAAGGCCUCGGAGAAACUCCUCGGGUCCAUCGACAUCGACCACACGCAGUAUAAAUUCGGCCACACCAAGGUGUUCUUCAAAGCCGGACUCCUGGGUCUCCUGGAGGAGAUGCGAGACGAAAAGCUGGCCCAGCUGAUGACGCGCACCCAGGCCAGGUGUCGCGGCUUCCUCAUGAGGGAAGAAUACAAGAAGAUGGUGGAGAGGAGGGAGUCCAUCUUCUGCAUCCAGUACAACGUCCGCGCCUUCAUGAACGUCAAGCACUGGCCCUGGAUGAAGCUCUUCUUCAGGAUCAAGCCACUGCUCAAGAGCGCCGAGACGGAGAAGGAGAUGGCCAACAUGAAGGAGGAGUUCGCCAAGAUCAAAGAGGAGCUCGCCAAAUCGGAGGCCAAAAGGAAGGAGCUGGAGGAGAAGAUGGUGUCACUCCUGAAGGAGAAAAAUGACCUCCAGCUCCAAGUGCAAUCGGAAGCGGACGCCUUGGCCGACGCGGAGGAGAGGUGCGACCAGCUGAUCAAGACGAAAAUCCAGCUGGAGGCCAAAAUCAAAGAGGUGACGGAGAGGGCGGAGGACGAGGAGGAGAUCAACGCCGAGCUGACGGCCAAGAAGAGGAAGCUGGAGGACGAGUGCUCCGAGCUGAAGAAGGACAUCGACGACCUGGAGCUGACGCUGGCCAAGGUGGAGAAGGAGAAGCACGCCACCGAGAAUAAGGUGAAGAACCUGACGGAGGAGAUGGCCGGCCUGGACGAGACCAUCGCCAAGCUGACCAAAGAGAAGAAAGCUCUCCAGGAGGCCCACCAGCAGACCCUGGACGACCUCCAGGCCGAGGAGGACAAAGUCAACACGCUCACCAAGGCCAAGGUCAAGCUGGAACAGCAAGUGGACGACCUUGAAGGGUCUCUGGAGCAAGAGAAGAAACUCCGCAUGGACCUGGAGCGGGCCAAGAGGAAACUCGAGGGAGACCUGAAGUUGGCCCAGGAAUCCAUCAUGGAUAUAGAAAACGAAAAGCAGCAGAUUGAUGAAAAACUCAAAAAGAAGGAGUUUGAGAUCAGCAAUCUGCAGAGCAAAAUUGAGGAUGAACAGGCCCUGGCUAAUCAGCUGCAGAAGAAGAUCAAAGAGCUACAGGCUCGCAUCGAGGAGCUGGAGGAGGAGAUCGAGGCCGAGAGGACGUCUCGGGCCAAAGCGGAGAAGCAGAGGUCCGACCUGUCCCGGGAGCUGGAGGAGAUCAGCGAGCGGCUGGAGGAGGCCGGAGGGGCCACCUCCGCCCAGAUCGAGAUGAACAAGAAGCGCGAGGCCGAGUUCCAGAAGAUGCGGCGGGACCUGGAGGAGGCCACCCUGCAGCACGAGGCCACGGCGGCCGCCCUGCGCAAGAAGCACGCCGACAGCGUGGCCGAGCUCGGGGAGCAGAUCGACAACCUGCAGCGCGUCAAGCAGAAGCUGGAGAAGGAGAAGAGCGAGAUGAAGAUGGAGAUCGACGACCUGGCCAGCAACAUGGAGACCGUCUCCAAAGCCAAGGGCAACCUUGAAAAGAUGUGCCGCACUCUAGAAGAUCAAGUCAGUGAGCUGAAAACCAAAGAGGAAGAGCAGCAGCGUCUGAUCAAUGACCUGUCUGCUCAGAGAGCGCGUUUGCAGACAGAAUCCGGGGAAUAUUCCCGCCAGCUGGACGAGAAAGAAACUCUGGUGUCUCAGCUGUCGCGAGGCAAGCAAGCGUUCACCCAGCAGAUUGAGGAACUGAAGAGGCAGCUUGAAGAAGAGACCAAGGCCAAGAACGCCCUGGCCCACGCCCUCCAGUCCUCCCGCCACGACUGCGACCUGUUGCGGGAACAGUACGAGGAGGAGCAGGAAUCCAAGGCCGAGCUUCAGAGGGCCAUGUCCAAAGCCAACAGCGAGGUCGCCCAGUGGAGGACCAAAUACGAGACCGAUGCCAUCCAGCGCACGGAGGAGCUGGAGGAAGCCAAGAAGAAGCUGGCUCAGCGGCUGCAGGAGGCCGAGGAGCACGUGGAAGCCGUCAACGCCAAAUGCGCGUCCCUGGAGAAGACCAAGCAGCGGCUGCAGAACGAGGUGGAGGAUCUUAUGAUCGACGUGGAGAGGACCAACGCCGCCUGCGCCGCACUAGAUAAGAAGCAGAGGAACUUCGACAAGAUCCUGGCGGAAUGGAAGCAGAAAUACGAGGAGACCCAGGCCGAGCUGGAGGCAUCUCAGAAGGAGUCCCGCUCGCUGAGCACGGAGCUGUUCAAGAUGAAGAAUGCCUAUGAGGAGUCUCUGGACCACUUGGAGACGUUGAAGCGCGAGAACAAGAACCUGCAGCAGGAGAUCUCCGACCUCACCGAGCAGAUCGCCGAGGGAGGGAAGCACAUCCACGAGCUGGAGAAAAUCAAGAAGCAGAUUGAGCAAGAGAAGUGUGAGCUACAGGCCGCCCUGGAGGAAGCGGAGGCAUCCCUGGAACACGAAGAGGGCAAGAUCCUCCGCAUCCAGCUGGAGCUGAACCAGGUCAAGUCGGAGAUCGACCGGAAGAUCGCGGAGAAGGACGAGGAGAUCGACCAGCUGAAGAGGAAUCACCUCAGGGUGGUGGAGACCAUGCAGAGCGUGCUGGACGCCGAGAUCCGGAGCCGGAACGACGCCAUCCGGCUCAAGAAGAAGAUGGAGGGGGAUCUGAACGAGAUGGAGAUCCAGCUGAACCACGCCAACCGCAUGGCGGCCGAGGCUCUGAAGAACUACAGGAACACCCAGGCCAUCCUCAAGGACACGCAGCUGCACCUGGAUGAUGCCCUCCGCGGACAGGAAGACCUGAGGGAGCAGUUGGCCAUGGUGGAGCGCCGGGCCAACCUGCUGCAGGCCGAGGUGGAGGAGCUCCGCGCGUCCCUGGAGCAGACCGAGAGGAGCCGCAAGAUCGCCGAGCAGGAGCUGCUGGACGCCAGCGAGCGCGUCCAGCUGCUGCACACCCAGAACACCAGUCUGAUCAACACCAAGAAGAAGCUGGAAACAGACAUCUCCCAGAUCCAGGGCGAGAUGGAGGAUAUGGUCCAGGAGGCUCGCAACGCCGAAGAGAAGGCCAAGAAGGCCAUCACUGACGCUGCCAUGAUGGCCGAGGAGCUGAAGAAGGAGCAGGACACCAGUGCCCACCUGGAGAGGAUGAAGAAGAACUUGGAGCAGACGGUGAAGGACCUGCAGCUUCGCCUGGACGAGGCCGAGCAGCUGGCCCUCAAGGGGGGCAAGAAGCAGAUCCAGAAACUGGAGGCCAGGGUCCGCGAGCUGGAAGGCGAGGUGGAGGGCGAACAGAAGCGCAACGUGGAGACCGUGAAGAGUCUGCGCAAACACGAGAGGAGAGUGAAGGAGCUCACCUACCAGACGGAGGAAGACCGCAAGAACGUCCUCAGGCUCCAGGACCUGGUGGACAAACUGCAGGCCAAAGUGAAAGCCUACAAGCGGCAAGCGGAGGAGGCUGAGGAACAGUCCAAUACGAACCUCUCCAAAUUCCGCAAGAUCCAGCACGAGCUGGAGGAGGCGGAGGAGCGGGCGGACAUCGCCGAGUCCCAGGUCAACAAGCUGCGGGUCAAAAGCCGGGAAGUGCACACCAAGAUCGUCAGCGAAGAAUGAUCCUCCUGCACCACAGCCGGACGGCGGUGGCGGGAGGACGAAGACACAAAAUGUGAAAUUCUUUCUCCUGCUGCUCUGUAGCGAAGACACAAAAUGUGAAAUUCUCUCUCGCGCUGCUCUGUAGCUACUGCCUGUCUGUCUUUCAUGUCUGGGAAACAUAAACUGUAGACGCCUCUGCAAACAAAA